AUGGAAAAUACUUUAAAUUAUCCCAGUAACUACUUUAGGAUAUAGAUUUUGAACAUCAAUGAUUAGAUAUUUUUACAUUAAGAUAUAUUCAAAUAGAAACUGAAUGUAAAUUAAACACAAUAUAAACAAUAAGUUCAAGUUAACAAAGGGAGUUGAGGUUACAGGAAGCGUGAAUUGUACCUAUUAUUUUCCAUCCAAAUUUAUUAAAUCUAAAUCAAUAUUAUUUAAUAAUAAUGGAUGA